CACGACGUAAACGCAUGUGAAAACAUCACACAUUGAAGCUGACUUAGCUCGACAAAAAAAAUGGGGUUUUAACUCCUUGCAAAUACAUUGUGUUGGUGCUGUCAAAUCUAGACGUUUUUCUUAUUCAGCUGAACAAUGCUGACGUCCAAGAGUUUUGUGAAAAAGACGAAAAGAGGAGCUGUGAUAAAGAUAGUGCGAGAGCACUAUCUUCGCGAUGACAUUUGGUGUGGAUCAGAAUUAUGUGAACUUUGUCAACAGGAGUCGCCAAUUUUGCAACGUGAACCGCACAUAGACAGUGUAUUGUGUAACUUUCCGCACUAUAUCCUGCCUGAUACCAACGUGCUUUUACACCAGAUUGACAUCUUAGAAGACAACAUUAUCAAGAAUGUUAUCCUUCUACAGACGGUUCAGCAAGAGGCCAAACACCGCAAUCUUCCUGUUCAUAAGAGGACACGAGACCUUGUUGCAAAUAAAGACAAGAAAUUCUACGUCUUUACAAAUGAACACCACAGGGCAACGUACUCUGAAAGAAAACCUGGCGAAACUGCAAACGAUUACAGCGAUCGAUUGAUAAGAAAUGCAGCCAAAUGGUACCAAGAUCAUCUCCAACAAGGGAAGAAACCUGUUUCUGUAGUCUUGUUGUCAAAUGACAAGGCCAAUAGAGACAAAGCCUUGGAAGAAGGUCUGUUGGCUUAUACAGUUCAUGAUUAUGUGAAGUCACUUACUGCCAAGCCAGAGCUGGUAGACAGGCUAGCUCAACUUGCUAAUGCUGAGAAGGAUAGAAAACAGAAGGAUAGUGACAUAAGUUCUGAUGGUGGACGGAAGGUUCUAUUCCCUGAACACAUGUCAUCCACUCAGCUUCAAACAGCCAUCAAGACCAACAAGAUCAAACAGGGAACUUUCCACGCGAGCACGGAAAACUUCAGGGAGGGCUUUGUCAGUAUACAUGGUGAAGAACAGAUGAUAUUCAUCAAGGGUUUAGCCAAUCAGAAUCGAGCUGUGAACGAUGACAUAGUAGCUAUAGUGAUAUUACCAAAGCACCAGUGGACCUGCCCAUCAUCUGUCGUUGCCGUUGACAACGCUAACAAAGAGGAAGAUGCUGAAAAGGAUUUAGAAGAAGGUGAUGAACUAUCAGGGACGAGCCAACCUGAAAACUCUCGUCCAACUGGGAAGAUCGUCGGAAUUGUAAAGCGUAACUGGAGACCUUACUGUGGUGUACUUCAGCCAUCAAACAACACUGGGGGAACACGUCACUUGUUCAUGGCUGCAGAGAGAAAGAUUCCAAAGAUACGAAUUGAAACGAGACAAGCCGCUACGCUACAAGGACAGAGGAUUAUUGUCGGCAUCGACAGCUGGCCACGGAACUCUAGGUAUCCUCUGGGUCACUUUGUCCGUCAGCUCGGUGAGAUUGGAGACAGAGACACAGAGAAUGAGGUUCUUCUUCUUGAGCAUGAUGUACCUCAUCUUCCCUUCUCAGAGGCAGUGCUGAGUUUCCUUCCAUCACUUCCAUGGGGCAUCACUCAAGAGGAUGUGGCUGUUCGUGAAGACCUACGUCAUCUAGACAUCUGCAGUGUAGAUCCACCAGGAUGUACAGAUAUUGACGAUGCAUUACAUUGUAGAAACAUUGACAAUGGUAACCUAGAGGUAGGUGUACACAUUGCAGACGUUACACAUUUCAUCCGGCCAGGGAAUGCACUCGAUGAUGAAGCAUCCAGUCGAGGUACAACUGUCUAUCUUGUGGAUAAGAGGAUUGAUAUGGUUCCUGAGUUACUGAGUUCUAAUCUGUGUUCUCUAAGAGGUAAAGUAGAGAGGUUCGCUUUCUCCUGUAUCUGGGAGAUCACUCAACAGGCUGAGAUUGUUAACGUCAGGUUUACUAAGAGCAUCAUCUGCUCAAGGGCUGCAUUUACCUAUGAAGAAGCGCAACUUAGAAUUGAUGAUGAUUCAAUGCAGGACAACGUUACUCUUGGCCUCAGAGGUCUGAACAGACUAGCCAAGAUACUCAAGAAGAAACGCAUGGACAAUGGAGCACUAGUAUUGGCGUCUCCGGAGAUUCGCUUCAGUAUGGAUAGUGAGACACAUGACCCUAUUGAAGUCCAGCAGAAAGAAAUGAGAGAAACUAACUCCAUGGUGGAGGAGUUCAUGCUGCUGGCAAACAUCUCAGUAGCUAAGAAGAUACAUGACGAGUUUCCUCAAUGUGCUUGCUUACGUCGACAUCCUACACCAUCACCCUCUAGCUAUGAACCCGUCAUUAAAGCUGCUCUGGCUAAGGGUGUUGAGCUGGAGGUUGACAGUGGCCAUGCUUUAGCUGAAUCCUUAGAUAAAGCAGAGUUACCCGCCGAACCUUUCUUUAAUAAGCUUCUACGAAUGAUGACAACACGUUGCAUGACACAGGCGCUGUACUUUAGUAGUGGCACAUUACCAUAUGAAGAUUUCUUUCAUUACGGAUUAGCUGCACCUAUCUAUACACACUUCACAUCGCCCAUUCGAAGAUACUCUGAUAUAUUGGUUCAUCGAGCUUUGGCAGUAGCGAUUGGUGCAGAUAAGUCUUAUCCAUCGUUGCUUGACAAACAGAAAGUUCAGUCAAUGUGUAACCAACUCAAUAUGCGUCACCGUAUGGCACAGUAUGCAGGACGGGCAUCAGUAGCUCUCCACACACAG